GAAAAACACUACCAGAGAUUUGCUUUUGUCUUCUUCUUCAGAUUCCGGGACCUUAAUAAAUUGGGAGAAGUCAACUUGGAAGAGAUGAUUCUUCAACAAUAUCCACAUCUGGGGAUCAGAUUGGAGACAUUUCACAAGAUCCAAAGAUACUUCUGUUUAUAUUUGAUGGCUUAGAUGAGAGUGUUCGUCAAAUGGAUUUCAGAUCAAGUAAAUUGUCUAAUCCAAAACAGAGAACACAUUUUGGAGAGAUUGUGGUCAGUUUUGGUGGGGCAGAGUCUUCUUAAGGGUUGCUCGGUGCUGAUAACCAGCCGCCCAACCAGACUGGCAUCAGUUGAUACUGGUGUUUUCCAGAGAAUAGUUGAAAUCAUGGGAUUUCUCCAUGCAGACAGACUGACCUUCUUUAAAAAUUUCUUUGGAAAUGAGGAAUUGUCAGAAAGAGCUUUUCAUUAUGUGCAGGAGAAUGACACACUGUACACUUUCUGUUAUAUCCCAUCAUACUGCUGGAUCAUCUGUACAGUGUUAUCAAUGUUCUUCAGAGCCCAACCAACAAAUUCUGAUCAGUUGAUGACAUCAUUGCCCAAAACAGUGACACAACUCUUUGUGACUUUUGUCUCCAACAUUCUGGCCAAUCAUAGCCAGAAUAAAGAUGGUAGUCACACUUCCCAGGAACUGCUGACGUCUAUUGGGUGGAUGGCAGAACAUGGAGUCAUGAAUCAUAUGAUUGUAUUUGAUGAGCGUCAUCUGGACUCAUUCAGUGUGAGAAAUGAUAAACAUCUAUUUUCAUCCUUCAUGAUAGAAUCUGGUCAGCCUCCUGAUGUGGAUUACACCUUCCUACAUCUCACUCUUCAGGAGUUUUUUGCUGCGUUAGUCCAUUUUAUUAACUAUGAUGCUGACAAAUUACAGGAAACACUUGAUGAUGCUGAAUCUUACAAAGAUGGCCAUGCUGAAAUAUUCCUCCGCUUCCUCUGUGGUCUCUCAGACUUUACUACUAGAUCCAUGUUAAAGUCUCAUGUAAGAGAAUUGUCUAUGCAAGCUGCCAGGCAUGUCAUCACCUGGAUUCAGAAGAAAAUUGCAAAACAAAGAUCUGACAAAUCCAUAGGAGACAAGAAAGAGCUUUUUGUGGUAUAUAUUACUAUCUCCAUGAGAGCAGGAAUAAGGCUCUGGUGUCACAAUGUAUUGGAGCAAACAAAGUUGACUUUUCUGAUGUCCCUCUCAGCCCACUGGACUGCUCUGUGCUAUCUUUUAUCCUUCAAACCUGCAGAGAGACAGAAGAAGUAAAUCUAAGUACAUGUAAUAUUCCAGGUGAAGGAUUGAGAAAAUUUAUACCAGCUCUGCACAACAUCAAGAUCAUGAGAUUGGAUAGAAAUCACCUGACAGACAGUUCCUGCCUCCACCUGGCAUCUGGAAUAAGAAAUAACCAGACACUGAGGACACUGGACCUGUCUGGGAACAAUCUGGAGGGUCCUCAUUUCAGUGAUCUGAUGGCAGCUCUGACAACAAGCCGGAUAGAGGAAUUAAUAUUGGAUAGAAAUCACCUAAGAGACAGUUCCUGCCUCCACCUGGCAUCUGGAAUAAGAAAUAAUCAGACGCUAAAGACACUGAGCCUGUCUGAGAACAAUUUGGAGGGUCCUCAUUUCAGGGAUCUGAUGGCAGCACUGACAACAAGUCGGAUUGAGGAAUUACAAUUGGAAAGUAAUCGUCUGACAGCCAGUUCCUGCCCCCACCUGGCAUUUGGAAUAAGAAAUAACCAGACACUGAGGACACUGGACCUGUCUGGGAACAAUCUGGAGGGUUCUCAUUUUAGUGAUCUGAUGGUAGCUCUGACAACAAGCCAGAUAAAGGAACUGCAUUUGAAGAAUAACCACCUUACAGACAAUUCCUCCAUCUACCUGGUAUCUGGAAUAAGUCACAACCAGACAUUGAGGACACUGAACCUGUCUGGGAACAAUCUGGAGGGUCCUAAUUUCAAUAUUCUGAUGGCAGCUCUGAUAACAAGCUGGAUAGAGGAAUUGGAUUUGAUGUAUAAUCACCUGACAGACAGUUCCUGCCCCCACCUGGCUUCUGGAAUAAGAAAUAACCAGACACUGAGGACACUGAACCUGUCUGAGAACAAUCUGGAGGGUCCUCAUUUCAGUGAUCUGAUGGCAGCUCUGACAACAAGCCGGAUAGAGGAAUUACAGUGAGUAUAACAA